CACCGUACUGUAACAAAGCAACAGAAAAUUGUGAACCAAACAACGUUGGUGGUUUCUACGUGUGCGCCCAAAAACAGCAUUUUUAUUACAACUACCAAAUAAAUCCAUCUUCCACAAAAGACCCAUCACUUUAUUCAACAAAAAGCUCAAAACUUUUCACCCAAUUCAACAACCCAUUUGCCGGAAACUUCAAUUCCCGGUGAGAUUCCGGCGAAAAAAUGGAAGUGGAAAGUGAAAAGCCAGGAUCUGAUGGAAAAGUUUGGAACUUUUGUAGAAUGCCAUUUUGGCAAACAAGUAACAAUCCUUCAUCAUCUUCAACUACUACUUCUUCUUCAUCUACUUCUUACAUGCACAAUGUUCAUCAUCAGAGUCAGAGUAUUCAUUCUGUUGAUAGAUCUGUUCCUCAAUCUUCAGCUACAGUUUCUUCUGUAGCUAAAUCUUUGCUUCCUACUAGGAGAAGACUUCGUCUUGAUCCUCCUAACAAGCUUUACUUUCCUUAUGAACCUGGUAAGCAAGUUAGGAGUGCAAUCACAAUUAAAAACACAUGCAAGUCUCAUGUAGCUUUCAAGUUUCAAACAACUGCACCGAAAAGUUGUUACAUGCGCCCUCCAGGUGGUAUUCUUGCACCUGGUGAAAGUAUAAUUGCCACUGUAUUCAAGUUUGUUGAGCCACCUGAAAACAAUGAGAAACCAACUGAUCAAAAAAGCAGGGUUAAGUUCAAAAUCAUGAGCCUAAAAGUGCAAGGUGAAAUGGACUAUGUACCAGAACUGUUUGAUGAGCAAAGAGAUCAAGUAGCUGUAGAGCAAAUUCUUCGGGUUGUUUUUCUGGACCCUGACCGAAACAGCCCUGCCAUGGAUAAACUUAAACGUCAAUUAGCUGAGGCAGAGGCUGCAUUGGAAGCACGAAAGAAACCACCGGAGGAGACAGGGCCACGAGUAGCUGGAGAAGGACUUGUUAUAGAUGAAUGGAAAGAAAGAAGGGAGAGAUACUUGGCCAAGCAGCAGGUUGAAGGUGUUGUUGUUGAUUCAGUGUAAACUGUAAAGUACUUGUUUCUUUUUUCUUCUGACCUUAUGUCAAAGAUCUUUUGUAUGUUCUGAAAUUUAUUUCCUUGGAGGCACUAAUCUGUCAAUUAUGGUUGAGUGACCUAUAAAAGUGGUAUGAAGAGAUAUUGUGAAGACACUUAUUUUUGUUUUCUCAUUUCCAAUAAUGUUUGUGGUGGUAAAUGUUAUGUGAGUGAAUUAAUACUA